GCCGCACUUCCGCCUUGGUGUCAGUGGGUCGCGGGCCUGCGGGGCGGGGGCGGGGCGGGCAGCGGAGCUCGGUCGGCGCUGGAGGGAUCGCGGUCCAGAUCUCCAGUGCCUAUUGGAUUUUUACCUUAAAAAGUUCAUAGCGUGAAGUUUCUUACACUGUCGAUGUAGAUCCAGUACAAUGAUUCAGUAGCAGACCCUACAGAUCAGGCAGCGGAGGAGCCUGGCCCUGAAGGAUGAACGGAGAGGAGGAGUUCUUCGACGCCGUCACAGGCUUUGAUUCUGAUAACUCUUCUGGGGAAUUUUCAGAGGCAAAUCAGAGAGUCACUGGCGUGAUUCAUGUGGACACCAGCAAAAGUAAUGGGAUUGGAAAAGUUGGGGAGAGGCCUCCUCAAGAGAAUGGAAUUCAAAAGCACAGGACAUCGUUGCCUGCCCCAAUGUUUACCAGAAGUGAUUUCAGCGUGUGGAGUAUAUUGAAAAAGUGCAUUGGCUUGGAGCUGUCCAAGAUCACGAUGCCCAUUGCCUUCAACGAGCCUCUGAGUUUCCUGCAGCGGAUCACGGAGUAUAUGGAGCACGUGUACCUCGUCCACAAAGCCUCCUGCCAGCCCCAGCCCCUGGAAAGGAUGCAGUCUGUAGCGGCCUUUGCAGUUUCGGCUGUGGCUUCCCAGUGGGAGAGGACCGGCAAGCCGUUCAAUCCACUCUUGGGGGAAACAUACGAGUUAACCAGGGAAGACUUGGGGUUCAGAUUCAUAUCCGAGCAGGUCAGCCACCACCCCCCCGUCAGUGCGUUUUACUCGGAGGGCCUCCAUCAGGACUUCCUGUUUCACGGCUCCAUCUACCCGAAGCUCAAGUUCUGGGGGAAGAGCGUGGAGGCGGAGCCCCGUGGUACCAUCACGCUGGAGCUUCUCAAACAUAAUGAAGCCUACACGUGGACCAACCCUACCUGCUGUGUCCACAACGUGAUUAUCGGGAAACUCUGGAUAGAGCAGUACGGGACGGUGGAGAUUGUAAACCACAGAACUGGAGAUAAGUGUGUGCUUCACUUUAAACCGUGUGGAUUGUUUGGAAAAGAACUUCACAAAGUGGAAGGGUACAUUCAAGACAAAAACAAAAAGAAGCUCUUUAUGAUCUAUGGCAAAUGGACGGAGUGUUUGUGGGGCCUGGACCCUGCUGCGUACGAGUCCUUCAAGAAGCAGGAGAGGAGAACCGAUUCCCUGCGGAAGACAAAGCUGGACGACUGCCCCGAGAAGGCCGACGGCGACGUGGUGGACGCCGUGCCGGAGGCUCAGGAGACGGUGCAGGUCAUUCCGGGCAGCAAGCUACUCUGGAGGGUCAACACCCGGCCCCCCAACUCCGCCCAGAUGUAUAAUUUCACGAGCUUCACGGUUAGUCUCAAUGAACUGGAGACGGGCAUGGAGAAGAUCCUGGCCCCCACCGACUGCCGGCUGCGCCCUGACAUCCGAGGCAUGGAGAACGGCAACAUGGAUCUGGCGAGCCAGGAGAAGGAACGGCUGGAGGAGAAGCAGAGGGAGGCCCGGAGGGAGCGGGCCAGGGAGGAGGCCGAGUGGCAGACGAGGUGGUUUCACCGAGGCAGUAACCCGUACACUGGGACCCCCGACUGGCUGUACGUGGGGGGCUACUUCGAGAGGGAUUUCUCAGGCUGCCCAGACAUCUACUGAGAGACCGGACCAGCCCCCCGACCGGAGACCCGAGAGGCUAGACUCCGUCAAGUGGCUGCUCUGAGCUUCAGUCACAGCAGAAACCAGCUUUUCUAACGGCUGUUCGUGGAGAUGGUACCAUCCCUGGUUGAGGAUUUAAUUCUAAUCGACUUUUGAUUGCCAAACAUUUUACUACUGUCGCAGUCUCUUCAUAAAGCUUCACUUGGGAUCGUCAUGUUUCCAUUAAGGUUUGAAAAGGAAAAUUCUUUACAGUUCCCUUUUAUGGGACAGAACCAGAGCUGGGGCUGGUGUAGAUUACAGCACCCUCUUAAUUACAAAAGUUAUAAAUAAAGGAAGUAACAGGACGGGGUCCACAUUCCUCCUUGUAACGCAGCGGCAAAGUGUUUCUGAAAGUAUUUUAAAUUUGAACCAGUAACAGGAAAAGAUGGAUCUUGAAAAAAGUCCCACCAAGAGCUUUUUAUAAAGGCCAGGAAUUGCUUUCUAGAUUACAGUAACGCAAAAGUGAAGAUUUUCAAAGCAUCUGAUUGAAUGAAAUGAAAAGUUGUCAGAGUCUGUAUUUUUUACCAAGCUUCAAUAAUGUAAAGAUUAUUAAGAUAUUUAAGUUCAAACUACUUGAAUAAUAUUUUGCUGAAGAGCAAGACAGGCAUUAACAUCACGUGUACACUGUCCAAAAUGAAGCAUUACCACGACAACCGAGGGUGGCCAGAAACCUUGACAAAAAGCCCCCAGACGGCUCCCAGCCCUGACAGGUUUGGGCGCCCGCCUCCGGCCCCCAGGGCUCCCCUGUCACUGCAGGCCACACCCACGUCACAGAGUGAGUCACAACAGUUGGCCUGUCCCUGCGGCACCUGUGUUCCUGUCCUGCAUGUGUGAAAUACGAGGGACCUGCCUCGGGGGGCACCGAGGGCGGGGGGGGUCCGAGCAGUCUGCUUCCAGCGGUGUCAUUACCGUUGUGCGUCCAUCUCUGCACACGUCUGCACCAGUGACUGUUUACUUUCCGUAGAGAAGCCAACACCACCGGUCGUUGCAGAGCUCUUUGAAUUGAAGACAAUCUGCUGCGUGCGCAGACGCACACCCGCACACGCACGCGCACACACACGCACCUGUACGCAGUGGUGGGUUCUCAGCGAGAGGGUGUCGGCAUUUUGUGUCCCAGCUUCAGAAUCACGUUUGUAAUUAAAACACUUUUAAAAGCAAA